AUCUUAUCUUCUACCUUUCUCUGUCAAAAAUCUUAUGGUUCAGUAGCACCUAAUUUACACUUCCAUACAUAUUAGAGUGUGUUCUUGUAGCAUAUAUGCGUACAGAAACCACAACACAACCAAACCAGUUGAGAAAGCCUCCUCGAGUUGGGAGAAAAGCAGAAACCAUAUAAUGGACUCAAAGCUUCACAUAGCCAUGUUUCCAUGGCUUGCAUUUGGCCACUUCAUCCCUUUCCUCCAACUAGCCAACGAUCUUGCAAAAAGAGGCCACAGGAUCUCACUUUUACUCCCAACAAAUGCUCUGCUUAAACUCAAACAUAUGAAUCUCUACCCACAACUCAUAACCUUCUGUGCUCUUACAAUCCCCCAAGUCGAAGGCCUGCCGCUCGGUGCCGAGACCACAGCUGAUACAAAAAAUCUCGAUGAUUCACUAACAUUAGCCUUUGAUAGGUUGCAGGAUGAGGUGAAAGCGAUUCUUGUUCAGAUGGAAAAGCCGAAUCUUGUGUUCUAUGACUUUGCUUAUUGGAUUCCAGAAUUAGUGUCGGGGAUGGGAUGCAAAACUGUGAAAUUCACAGUUUAUAGCCCUACGAUAUCAGCUCUGGCCUUAAUCAUGUCAAAAUGUAAAGGCAAAGGCAGGGCCGUAACCGCCGCGGAUUUCAUGGAGUCGCCGCUAGGUUUCCCGUCGGAUUCCAAGGUUGUGUUGCGAGAGCAUGAAGCAUAUCAAGUGUCACGUUUCGUUAAUCUACCGAGCAAUAGGAUAACGACGUUUGAUCGUAUUGUGGAGGGGCUGAAACGGUGCGAUGCAAUCGCCAUGAGAGCCUGCAAUGAAAUGGAAGGACAAUACUGCAACUACAUUGCUUCUGAGUUCGGUAAACGCGUCUAUUGCACGGGACCGCUGUUGCCGGAGCCGCCAAGGGAGGAAGAGCCGUUCGACGACGAAAUUGCGCGGUGGCUGAAGAAAUUCGAGCCAAAUUCAGUAAUUUUCUGUGCGUUUGGAAGUGAAAUGGUGCUUGAAAAGGAGCAAUUUCAGGAACUCGUUUUAGGGCUUGAACUCACCGGCCUACCGUUUCUGGUCGCCGUCAGGCCGCCGGAGGGAUCAUCGUCGAUAGAAGAAGCCUUGCCGGAGGGAUUUCAAGAGAGAGUAAAAGGAAAGGCAAUAGUUCAUGGAGGUUGGGUGCCGCAAUCUCUGAUUUUGAGGCACAAAUCAGUCGGGUAUUUCGUGAACCACGGCGGAUCUGCAUCAAUGUGGGAGUCGUUGGCGAGCCAUUGCCGGAUAAUUGUGGCACCAAACAGGCCCGACUUCGCUUUGAAUGCUCGUCUAAUGGCGGAGGAACUCGAGGCCGCCAUUGAGGUUGAAAGGGAUGAAAAUGGGAGAUUUUCCAAGGAAAAUCUGUGCAAUGCUAUCAAAUCUGUGAUGGGGGAAGAUAUCCAGGAGGAGAAUCAUAAGAAAUGGAGGGAUUUACUACUUAAUCCCAACUUCGCAGACAAUUACAUACACAAUUUCAUUCACAAUCUGUACGAGCUCUUGGCAAAAUAAAUAUGUAAUGCACACAAUAGCCAUAUGCAGAGGUGGCCAAAAGUUUGUUUCUUUUACUAUUACUAUUCUCCAUGCACCAACUAGAGGGGUGUUAGACUUUUUUUUUUUUUUUUAAUAGUACAUUUAACGUGUUACAUGUAGUAUCUAUUCAUAUAUACUUUUCUAACUUAUUGAAACCCAACGAAUCAAUAUCGUGGGUUCGAAACUUCAUGUCGUUUGACUACAAAAUCUUUUGCAGAGGUGUUAGAUAUUAGGGUAUGACAUUCAAUAUGUGGGUUACAUAUCUAUUGUACCAAGAGCUCAUACAAUUCCUGAAUGAAACUAUGUAAUUGUCCGCUAA